UACAGGACACAACCCGGAAGUGUUUGACUCCAUGAUUCCGUUACUACUGCGGACGGAAUAUCCUGGCGGAAUUAGCCUGUCGGUAGGGUAGGCUGAUGUCGUUCGCCAUGGUGUGUUGGAUGGGUCCCCGGCCCUAAACAAUGUCCGGUUCCUCCCCAUAUCGGUGUUCAGUGUUCCACUGGAAGACAUACUAAACAGUUUUCUGCACUCGAGGAUGAUACCAGGAGCUCGUAACUCUAGUUUUAAAUGUGCAUGCUGAUUUCAUCUUGGCACAGAGGCACACUUCAUCUGGACUCUGAACACCUCAAAAUCAGUUUAAAUGAGAAUGUCCCUGGCGCAGAGAGUGCUGCUCACCUGGCUUUUUAGCCUGCUGUUCUUGAUUAUGUUGGUGCUGAAGCUGGAUGAAAAGGCACCCUGGAACUGGUUCAUCAUCUUCAUUCCGGUCUGGAUAUUUGACACCAUCCUUCUGGUCAUGCUGAUUGUAAAGAUGGCAGGAAGAUGUAAGUCUGGUUAUGAUCCCAGAAAUGGUGUGCAGAAUAUGAAGAAAAAGUCUUGGUACCUGACCGCCAUGCUUCUGAAACUGGCAUUCUGCCUCGCGUUAUGCGCCAGACUGCAACAAUUUGCAAAUAUGUACUUAUGCUUUGUCUUUAUACCAUUGUGGAUCCUGCUGAUUGGUGGACUAAGUGAACUCGGAUAUAAUGUAUUUUAUGUGAGGAGAGACUAAAUUAUUUAAAGUCCUCCGUAAAUAUGCAUUUUUCAUUUUUUUUUUUUAUUUGAAGUUCCCUGUGUUAAGUUGGAGGUUGGGUUACCGAUUUAUCCUUUUCAGUGAAAAAUAAAGCAAUGCAUUGCUCACUCCCAGGUAACAGAAAGGGUUAACCAAAGCAUGCGUUUUCUUGCACCGUCCUGUAUAUUACAUGUAAAUAAAUUGUGAUAACUUCAUGAUA